AUGGAUGUUGUCGAAAAGGCAAACAGUCUUACCGCCAAAAAAUGGACCAAGGACUCCAAAAUUGGAGAGGGUACAUAUGCUAUUGUUUACAAAGGACGCGAGGCCACUACUGGUCGACAAAUAGCUAUCAAAAAGAUUAAAGUUGGUCAGAUGAAGGAAGGACUCGAUCAAUCUGCGAUCCGUGAAGUCCGCUACCUUCGUGAACUAAAACAUCCAAAUGUCAUUGAACUACUGGAUGUCUUCUCCUCCAAGACCAACCUCAAUCUCGUACUUGAAUUCUUGGAGACCGAUCUGGAAGCCGUCAUUAAGGACCGAACCAAUGUUUUCUUGCCCGCGGAUAUCAAGAGUUGGAUGGCCAUGACUCUGCGUGGGCUGGAGUACUGUCAUAGGAAUUGGGUGCUGCACCGAGAUCUGAAGCCCAAUAACUUGCUAAUUGCCGCUGACGGACAGCUCAAGAUAGCCGACUUUGGUCUAGCCCGUGACUUUACAGACCCGGCCCAAAAAAUGACAUGUCAAGUUAUCACUCGGUGGUACCGACCACCCGAACUCCUGUACGGAGCUCGAUACUACAGUACUGGGGUAGACAUGUGGAGUGUUGGUUGUAUCUUUGCCGAAUUGAUGUUGCGCACGCCGUAUCUGCCCGGAGAAAGCGACAUGGACCAACUUAAAACCAUAUUCCGAGCUCUGGGUACUCCCACGGAAGAAGAUUGGCCUGGCCAUACGGCUUUACCCGACUAUACGUCGUUCGGACAUUUUCCCAAGUCCCCACUCAAAUUGCUGUUUAGUGCCGCGAGCACAGAGGCUCUUGACUUGCUUGCUAAGUUUCUGAUUUAUGAUCCGAGAAAGCGGAUUAGUGCUUAUGAUGGACUACACCAUCCAUACUUUUUCGUUGCCCCCUAUCCAACCCAUCCUUCACGACUUCCUAAAGCCUCAACACCUCUUGCACCUCGCCCCCUGCCUCCCGACGAAAUCGAUGGCAAAGAUGCGGCACCAGGCGCCAAAGCAAGUAGCAACAAAAUGGGAACAAAGCGUAAAGCGUCUGGAAGCCACGAAGAACGCGAACGCUCCGUCCCUCGCAAGACACUGUUCACAUAA